UUGAACACAACUUUCUGCUUAACGCAUUUCAAACAUAUGGAAGAAAAGAAAAUCACGUUCGAACGCAGUGCUCUUUUGGGACAAGGUGGUUUUAGCUCUGUUUAUAAAGGGGAAUUGAAUGGCAGUCCAGUCGCAGUAAAAAGAGUUCUCCUACAGCAAUCCAAUGGAAACGAAGCAAAAUUUAUGCUCGAGUUAGAUCAUCCGAAUAUCGUCAAACUUUUACGUUGUGAAAUUGAUGACGACUUUAGGAAAGUACUGAUUUUUUAUGACCAACAGCAAAACGAAUGGCAUAACGCAGUUUUUUUUCUUCUUACGGUAUCACAGGACCUAUGCCAUGGAAUUGUGCGACGCCACUUUGGAUCAACUUUUCCUGAAGUCGGAUGAUCCCAAAAAAUACUUCGGACGUAUGCCACGUCCAAUCGAAAUGUUCGAUCAACUAGCUACUGGCCUGGCAUACAUCCAUUCAAAGCAAGUCACUCAUCGCGAUAUUAAACCGAAUAAUGUUCUAAUUAAGCGACGUCCUGGUCAAGAUGAAGAGGCAAUCAUCAAAUGGGCAGAUUUUGGAUUGUCCAAAAAGGUUACUGAAAGGGGAUCGUACACUUUGACUACAAUAAGAGGAACCAGAAACUGGUACGCCCCGGAGGUGUUACGCUUACUCUUGAACAACAAUCAAAAUAAAGGGGAUGAAGAGGCAGAAAAGAAAAGAGGCACUGUCAAGAGCGAUGUGUUUGUCCUAAGCCUCGUCUUUGGGUACAUUUUCUUGAUGGGAAAACAUCUUUUCGGAUUAAGUGAGAAAGAAAUUGACAACAACAUAAUAGGAAAAGAUCCGGUGAAUAUGAAGAAUAUUGAUGGCGAAUUACGAAAAUUUUAUGCGAAUGACUUACUAAGGAAAAUGUUGGAAAAUGAUCCACAAAAAAGAGUGAAUUCGGCAGAAGUCGUCCAACAACUGGAAUCCAUCAAGAAUAAAUUGACUGAAAAAGAAGAAGAAUUUCGUAAACUUUGUGCUCGUGACUCUUCGCCUGAUCUAUUACGAAGAAUCAACGACUUCAUUCGCCUUGGAAUCGAUGUGACUGCAAAAGGCAAUAUUGGACAGAAUGCGCUCCAUUCCUUGUGUGAAUCAAAUUCAAGCCCAAAUUUAAUGGACGCCAUUCAACUCUUAAUCCAACAGGGAAUCGAUGUGAAUGCAAAGAACCUUUAUGGAUGGAAUGCGCUCCAUUAUUUGUGUGGAUCAAAUCCAAGCCCAAAUUUAAUUGACACCAUACAACUGUUAAUCCAACUGGGAAUCGAUGUGAAUGCAAAGGACUGUUUUGGACAGAAUGCGCUCCAUUAUUUGUGUAGAUGGAAUUCAAGCCCAAAUUUAAUUGACGCCGUUCAACCCUUAAUCCAACAGGGAAAUUGUGUCAUAUCCUACGGCCAUGAUGCACGAAUUUAUUUACGCGGUAAUAAUAGUAUUACCAACAAGGACGAAAUCUUAAAACUACUCGACGAAGCACUUCUUUGAAUCAACAAUUCGUUUAUACGCAAUUCAAUGCGCUUUCACAACGAAAAAUAAGGCGACUGUCUCAUAUUCUGUAUUCUUUUAUCUUUUACCGCUACAAAUUCAAAUUUCCCACUUUAUUAGCUGAUUUACAUAGGCUGAACAACUUCACUUCGAAAAAUACAAUAAUGACUGUAUCGCC